AUGGACGAGGACCACUCUACUUCCCCAGAGGCCGACAAAGAGACGACCAGACUCUGGCGUACUUGGAGGACGGUUUUUGAGAUGCUACAGGAUCGGGGCUACGAGGUGACGGAAGACGAAGUUCAAAUCUCUCUGGAUGCGUUCAGGGCGAAAUAUUGCAACCAACUGGGCUAUCCUGAUCGCGAUAAGAUGAAAAUCAGCGCUCGUCCAACGGAAGCUAUGCUGGCCAAAUACACUGUACCGUCCAAACCCGGCUCAUCUCCAGCAGCACCAGACUGCGGCACCGUGUACGUCGAAUUUUGUCCCGAGACGUCGGGAGUAGGAACGAAGCAUGUUCGCGCCUUCAACCACUUCGUCGACGAGCAGAACUUCCACACGGGCAUUUUCAUCACCCAGACGCCUAUCUCCCCGUCGGCCGUGCGCCUUCUAACCAGCAUUCCUGGUCGCAUCGGUGAACAUUUCCAGGAGCAGGACUUGCUGGUAAACAUCACGCGCCACGAACUGGUCCCAAAACACGUCCUGUUGAGUCCCGAGGAAAAGAUUCAACUACUGAAACGAUAUCGUUUGAAGGAGACUCAGUUGCCGCGUAUUCAGGUUUCCGAUCCUGUAGCCAGAUACUUGGGCUUGCGGAGGGGGCAGGUCGUGAAGAUCAUCAGAAAAAGUGAAACGGCUGGUCGGUACGCGAGUUACCGGUGGGUGAUUUGA